AUGUGGAAGAGCGGCCUUUCAAGAGCUCUGCGAACCUCCUCACUGCCACGGCCUACACCAGCUCGACACGCGUUUCAACCGAUCAGAAAGAACCUUACGCCCGCUUUAGGGGCAAGAUUCGCAAGCUCUGUUGGGGAUGGCAAAAUACAUCAGGUCAUUGGAGCUGUUGUCGACGUCAAGUUUGAUACAGAUUCGUUACCACCUAUUCUCAACGCUUUAGAAACCGAAAAUGUUGGCCAGAAGCUCGUCCUCGAAGUAUCUCAACAUCUCGGUGAGAACGUUGUUCGGGCGAUUGCUAUGGACGGCACCGAGGGAUUGGUCAGAGGACGUUCUGUUCGUGAUACGGGGUCACCAAUUAUGAUCCCCGUUGGACCCGGCACACUUGGGCGCAUCAUCAAUGUCACAGGGGAUCCAAUUGAUGAGCGAGGACCUAUCAAACAUACCCUGAAGAAGCCGAUUCACGCCGAUGCUCCAGAGUUCAUUAGCCAAUCUACUUCGGCAGAAGUACUUGUCACGGGAAUCAAGGUCGUCGAUCUGCUUGCCCCAUACGCUCGUGGUGGUAAAAUUGGUCUUUUCGGUGGUGCUGGUGUCGGCAAGACUGUGUUCAUUCAGGAAUUGAUUAACAACAUUGCCAAGGCUCAUGGUGGUUAUUCUGUAUUCACAGGCGUCGGGGAGCGCACUCGCGAGGGUAAUGACUUAUACCACGAAAUGCAGGAAACGCAAGUCAUCCAGCUUGACGGCGAGUCUAAAGUCGCACUUGUGUUUGGACAAAUGAACGAGCCUCCAGGGGCCCGCGCUCGUGUGGCUCUGACAGGCUUGACCGUCGCUGAGUACUUCCGAGACGAGGAAGGCCAAGAUGUGCUACUUUUCAUUGAUAACAUAUUCCGUUUCACACAAGCUGGAUCCGAGGUAUCCGCUCUCCUAGGUCGCAUUCCUUCUGCCGUCGGCUACCAGCCCACCCUCGCUGUCGACAUGGGUCUCAUGCAAGAACGAAUCACCACCACAGACAAAGGCUCCAUUACGUCGGUGCAGGCCGUCUACGUACCUGCUGAUGACUUGACGGAUCCGGCUCCAGCUACCACCUUCGCCCAUCUAGACGCCACUACCGUCUUGUCCCGUGGAAUCUCAGAAUUGGGUAUUUAUCCAGCUGUUGAUCCGCUUGACAGCAAGUCUCGUAUGCUUGAUCCCAGGGUCGUAGGCGAAGAUCACUACCAAACUGCCUCCCGUGUGCAACAAAUGUUGCAAGAAUAUAAGUCGUUGCAGGAUAUCAUCGCCAUUUUGGGCAUGGACGAAUUAUCCGAGGCUGACAAACUGACCGUUGAGCGUGCCAGAAAGCUGCAAAGAUUCUUGAGCCAGCCAUUCACUGUUGCGCAAGUGUUCACUGGUAUUGAGGGUAAAUUGGUCGAUUUGAAGGAUACGAUUGCUAGUUUCAAGGCAAUCAUGAACGGAGAGGGUGACGAUCUUCCAGAAGGUGCUUUCUAUAUGGUCGGUGACUUCGAGUCUGCGCGCCAAAAGGGGGAGAAGAUCCUCGCAGAUUUGGAGAAGGGUAAUUAG